UUAAUGUUUAGUGUUGCGCGGCGACAACAAGGUGUUAAAGUGAUAUCUCAAAUUUUUGUGUGAAAAGUGUUCAAAUGAAGCGUAAAGCGAAAGAAGACCUUAAGAGGAAAGCAAAGAAGCGAUUGCUUGAAGAUUUAAGGAGGAAAAUGGAAAAAUUUGAGAGGUUUAUGGAGACUUCCACUUCAAGUAAGUUCUAUUUUUUCGCACAACAGUAAAUAAUGUGGGUACUAUUGAAUCUAAUCAAACCUAUAAAAACAAAUGCGCCUUCUAUUUUCAAAGAAAUUACAUAAACUUUUACAUAAAAAUAUCUUCAUUAGUAAGCAAAAUAGUCGCAUGAGAAAUCCGAGAAUUGUUUAUAUUCGAAAUAAGAUAAGCAGGCGAGUAUGAAUUCCUUUCUGGUAUACCGUAUGGAAAUGUUUCAUUUUAUAGGUAAUACCGAUUGAAAUAUUUUACAUGUAAAUAAAUAAUUGUUUUAUUAGAACGAUUUAGUUUUAAGUUGGUUUUUCCUUUACUGGGCCAACUGACAUAAGUUGUUUUUCCCUUUUUAUUUUUUUGGGGCAACUUUGACUGAUUGGUAGUGUUUUUAGUUGGUUGUUUUCUCACGUUUGUGAGCAACCAGAAAUACCUACAAAUUAAUAAGAAAAAUUAAUAGUUGUUUUGCUAAUUGCCAACUAUUAAAAUAUAUGGAUACUUACGCAGGAUAGAAUUCAGAAUAUAAUAUCGUUUCAGAUGAAUAUUCUGAUUCCACAGAUUCAGGGUCAGAGUCGGAUCAUUCUCCCGGGAAUGAUGACGAGCCUCAGGAAAGGGUAGAAAAGGAUUUAACCCUAAGCGUAAUUUUGGGAGAGGACCCAAAAAUUAUUGGGGAGAAAGGCCCUCCGUUAUGCGAAGCUUUAGUAAAUCGAUGGUCAAGCUACCUUAGCGAGGGACUAGAAAAGGAUAUCAGAGAGGCGCUUACUGAAAAAUAUAAAACGCCUGAUAACGGCCAGUUUCUAGAAGCUCCGAAAUUAAACCCCGAGAUUGAGAUAUCUCCGUCUCCAGCUCAAAUUAAAAGGGACCAGUUUUCCAUGAGCAUUCAAAACAAGCUAGGAAGAGCUCUGGUAGCACAAGGUUCUGUUUUAAAUAUUAUUUUAUCAAAAGACGCAGCUCCGCAUACGAUUGACGAUAAUACAAAAACAGAUUAAACAGAUAAUACUUCACAAAUUGAUUUGUGAAGCACAUUACCUCAUAUCCUACCACCGGAAACAUGAACUAUAUCCCUUUUUAAACGCCGAUGUUCAGAAGGUAGCUAUGAAAUCCCAGAUUGACUCAUUACUAUUUGGGGAGAACUUCCAAGAAAAAUAUAAAGCUGCAAAAGAGGUUAAGAGAACGGCUUUAGAUUUAAAAGCGGGUCCUUCAGGGAAUAAGCAAGAAAAGAAGAAUCGUUUAAACUACAAGCGCCAAAGCAACAGACCCAGGUUCAAGACAGAGACAGGAGGAAGAGGGCGAGACAACCAGAGUGGCAGACGGAGAAGCAGCCACAGUGGACUCGGGGCAAGCAGUCCAACCAAAAGCAGCGUUGGUCGGGGAAAUACCACAACUAGAGGGAGAGCCAUCCGAUUUGGGAACGUCUUACCCUGGUUGCAGGGAGGCUAUCAGGGAAUCCUAUACGAAGAGAGGCCUACCAGAAGACUGCAUAUCCACCAUGUUAGCUUCGAUAAGUAACAGCACAAUUAAACAAUAUAACGUGUCUCUUAGAAAGUGGUGGAUAUUCUGCGAAAAAAAAAUAACAUAAAUGUUUUUCAAUCAGACAGUAAGCAAGUAGUUAAGUGUUUAGGUAUGUGUCAAUAUGAAGGGGCGUCUUACAAUUCAUUAAAUGCUCAUUUGUCAGCCAUUAAACUUAUUACAGAUAUAACGGGAAAUUUAGAAAUUUUUAAACGAUUCUUAAAAGGUGCUUUUAGGAUUAAACCUUGUUUCCCCAAAUAUCAAGAAACAUGGGAU